AUGGGGGUUGAGAUCUUCAGGGACAACACUUUUAUAGAUGUACUCAUCCUGCAGCUUAAGAGUAUGCAGGGAGGGAAGGAAUAUGUUGACCACCAGGCCCACAUCACCUACAACACCCCAUCUCAAAUAAAGGCCCACAUCACCUACAACACCCCAUCUCAAAUACAGGCCCACAUCACCUACAACACCCCAUCUCAAAUACAGGCCUACAUCACCUACAACACCCCAUCUCAAAUACAGGCCCACAUCACCUACAACACCCCAUCUCAAACGCAGGCCCACAUCACCUACAACACCCCAUCUCAAAUACAGGCCCACAUCACCUACAACACCCCAUCUCAAAUACAGGCCCACAUCACCUACAACACCCCAUCUCAAAUACAGGCCUACAUCACCUACAACACCCCAUCUCAAAUACAGGCCCACAUCACCUACAACACCCCAUCUCAAACGCAGGCCCACAUCACCUACAACACCCCAUCUCAAACACAGGCCCACAUCACCUACAACUUCACAUCUCAAACACAGGCCCACAUCACCUACAACUUCACAUCUCAAACACCGGCCUACAUCACCUACAACACCACAUCUCAAACACAGGCCCACAUCACCUACAACACCCCAUCUCAAAUACAGGCCCACAUCACCUACAACACCCCAUCUCAAAUACAGGCCCACAUCACCUACAACACCCCAUCUCAAACACAGGCCCACAUCACCUACAACUUCACAUCUCAAACACUGGCCUACAUCACCUACAACACCACAUCUCAAACACAGGCCCACAUCACCUACAACACCCCAUCUCAAACACAGGCCCACAUCACCUACAACACCCCAUCUCAAAUACAGGCCCACAUCACCUACAACACCCCAUCUCAAAUACAGGCCUACAUCACCUACAACACCCCAUCUCAAAUACAGGCCCACAUCACCUACAACACCCCAUCUCAAAAACAGGCCCACAUCACCUACAACACCCCAUCUCAAACGCAGGCCCACAUCACCUACAACACCCCAUCUCAAACACAGGCCCACAUCACCUACAACUUCACAACUCAAACACAGGCCCACAUCACCUACAACUUCACAUCUCAAACACCGGCCUACAUCACCUACAACACCACAUCUCAAACACAGGCCCACAUCACCUACAACACCCCAUCUCAAAUAAAGGCCCACAUCACCUACAACACCCCAUCUCAAAUACAGGCCCACAUCACCUACAACACCCCAUCUCAAAUACAGGCCUACAUCACCUACAACACCCCAUCUCAAAUACAGGCCCACAUCACCUACAACACCCCAUCUCAAACGCAGGCCCACAUCACCUACAACACCCCAUCUCAAAUACAGGCCCACAUCACCUACAACACCCCAUCUCAAAUACAGGCCCACAUCACCUACAACACCCCAUCUCAAAUACAGGCCUACAUCACCUACAACACCCCAUCUCAAAUACAGGCCCACAUCACCUACAACACCCCAUCUCAAACGCAGGCCCACAUCACCUACAACACCCCAUCUCAAACACAGGCCCACAUCACCUACAACUUCACAUCUCAAACACAGGCCCACAUCACCUACAACUUCACAUCUCAAACACCGGCCUACAUCACCUACAACACCACAUCUCAAACACAGGCCCACAUCACCUACAACACCCCAUCUCAAAUACAGGCCCACAUCACCUACAACACCCCAUCUCAAAUACAGGCCCACAUCACCUACAACACCCCAUCUCAAACACAGGCCCACAUCACCUACAACUUCACAUCUCAAACACUGGCCUACAUCACCUACAACACCACAUCUCAAACACAGGCCCACAUCACCUACAACACCCCAUCUCAAACACAGGCCCACAUCACCUACAACACCCCAUCUCAAAUACAGGCCCACAUCACCUACAACACCCCAUCUCAAAUACAGGCCUACAUCACCUACAACACCCCAUCUCAAAUACAGGCCCACAUCACCUACAACACCCCAUCUCAAAUACAGGCCCACAUCACCUACAACACCCCAUCUCAAACGCAGGCCCACAUCACCUACAACACCCCAUCUCAAACACAGGCCCACAUCACCUACAACUUCACAACUCAAACACAGGCCCACAUCACCUACAACUUCACAUCUCAAACACCGGCCUACAUCACCUACAACACCACAUCUCAAACACAGGCCCACAUCACCUACAACACCCCAUCUCAAACACAGGCCCACAUCACCUACAACUUCACAUCUCAAACACAGGCCUACAUCACCUACAACACCACAUCUCAAACACAGGCCCACAUCCCCUAUAUCACCACAUCUCAAACACAGGCCGACAUCACCUACAACACCACAUCUCAAACACAGGCCCACAUCCCCUAUAACACCACAUCUCAAACACAGGCCCACAUCCCCUAUAACACCACAUCUCAAACACAGGCCCACAUCACCUAUAACACCACCUCUCAAACACAGGCCCACCUCCCCUAUAACACCACAUCUCAACCACAGGUGCACAUCCCCUAUAACACCACAUCUCAAACACAAGCCCACAUCCCCUAUAACACCACAUCUCAAACACACGCCUACAUCACCUACGACACCACAUCUCAAACACAGGCCCACAUCCCCUAUAACACCACAUCUCAAACAGAGGCCCACAUCCCCUAUAUCACCACAUCUCAAACACAGGCCUACAUCCCCUAUAACACCACAUCUCAAACACAGGCCCACAUCCCCUAUAACACCACAUCUCAAACACAGGCCUACAUCCCCUAUAACACCACAUCUCAAACAGAGGCCCACAUCCCCUAUAACACCACAUCUCAAACACAGGCCUACAUUACCUACAACACCACAUCUGAAACACAGGCCUACAUCCCCUAUAACACCACAUCUCAAACACAGGCCCACAUCCCCUAUAACACCACAUCUCAAACACAGGCCUACAUCCCCUAUAACACCAUAUCUCAAACAGAGGCCCACAUCCCCUAUAACACCACAUCUCAAACACAGGCCUACAUUACCUACAACACCACAUCUGAAACACAGGCCUACAUCCCCUAUAACACCACAUCUCAAACACAGGCCUACAUCACCUAUAACACCACAUCUCAAACACAGGCCCACAUCACCUAUAACACAUAA